AUGGCUGCAAGCACCCUAGAUCGCUGUCGGCUAGCCCUGCUCUUUGCGAUUUUAAUGGACUUGGCUGGCGUGGUCUCCCUCCUCGUUGGCAUCUUUGCAGAUCUGCAAUUAAAUGGUCAAGACUUUGGUGAUCUACUGAUAUACACUGGAGCCAUUCUUGUCUUCUUGAGUUUGAUUGGCUGGAUCUUUUGGUACACAGGGAAUAUCGAAAUAUCUCUGGAAGAACUGCAGCAAGACUAUGUCAUUAAGGAUGGCACCCUUGCCCGUCUGGCCCGGAAAAUCUCACGUCACAUUUCUAGCCGGGGGACAAACCGUGGAAGCAGAAGAUGGAAAACUGAGGGACAAGGAGGAUCUAGAAAGCCAGAUACCCUACAGCUAUCCAGAGCCAAGGCCCCAAAGCCAGAACUGCUAUCAGGAGCUUCCGAAUCCUAA